GUAGACAGUAACUGUAGAGGGCUUGCACUGAACUUUAGAAGCUCAUCAUCAUCACUCAGUGAUCUGCAGGCUGACACACUUAAAGAAGACUUCUCUGAAGUUCAGAAAGAAGAUAGAAGUCACACUGGAUCUUAUGCUUCUUAUAACUGAAACAAAGUGAAUCUCUCAGCUGUGUUCACUGCUGGAUUUUUACGGCACUGACAGUGACAAGAGGAAACACUUGGUAAAUUUGAAGACUGAGAUUUCCAGGACUAUCAGAAGUUCAGAGGAAACAAUUUACAGCAGUGGAAGCUUAGGCAGGGAGGAGCUGAAUUCGCCCCUCUCUCUCGGCAUCCCCUUUAUUUUUCUGACAGUUGGCUUGCAUUAUUUCCUUUGCACAACAGUGGAGUAGAGAAAAAGACAGGGAUACAUUGGAAGGGAGAUCAUGGAAAUAAAUCCGAUUCCUGUAGUUACAGUCCAGACAGUCCCCUAUGAUGACCAGAAGCCAGGGAGCAAUGGGUUUAGAAAGCCAACAGCAGUGUUUGAAAGUAAAAGGAACUAUCUGCAGAACUUCAUCCAAAGUGUGCUGUCCUCUAUAGACCUUCGGGACCGCCAGGGCUGCACCAUGGUGGUGGGCAGUGAUGGCAGGUACUUCAGUAAGACCGCCACAGAGAUCAUUGUUCAGAUGGCAGCAGCUAAUGGGAUUGGACGAUUAGUUAUUGGUCAGAAUGGACUGCUCUCUACCCCUGCUGUGUCUUGCAUCAUUCGGAAAAUCAAGGCAACUGGUGGAAUUGUUUUGACAGCUAGCCACAAUCCUGGAGGACCUGAUGGAGACUUUGGAAUCAAGUUUAAUGUUGCUAAUGGAGGUCCUGCUCCAGAUGCUGUAACAGACAAAAUAUUUCAAAUCAGUAAAACUAUAGAAGAAUAUGCUAUUUGUCCUGACCUGCAUGUUGACCUCUCAAGGGUGGGAAGACAAGAAUUUGACCUGGAGAAUAAAUUCAAGCCAUUUAGAGUUGAAGUAGUUGAUUCAGUGGAGGUAUACCUCAAUUUACUAAGAACAAUUUUUGACUUUAAUGCUAUCAAAAGCUUGCUUACUGGGCCCAACCAACUGAAGAUAAGAAUUGAUGCCAUGAAUGGAGUAAUGGGUCCAUACGUCCGACGAAUUUUGUGUGAUGAAUUAGGAGCACCUGCCAACUCUGCAGUCAACUGUGUCCCCCUUGAAGAUUUCGGUGGGCAGCAUCCUGACCCUAACUUAACAUAUGCCACUGGGCUUUUGGAGGCUAUGAAGGGAGGGGAACAUGGAUUUGGAGCUGCAUUUGAUGCUGACGGAGACAGAUACAUGAUUUUAGGACAAAAUGGAUUCUUUGUGAACCCUUCUGAUUCCUUAGCAGUAAUUGCUGCAAACCUCUCCUGUGUACCCUACUUUCGUCAAAUGGGAGUUCGAGGUUUUGGGAGAAGUAUGCCAACAAGUACAGCCAUAGACAGAGUUGCAAAAUCAAUGAAAGUCCCAGUCUAUGAAAUUCCAACUGGCUGGAAAUAUUUUGCAAAUUUAAUGGACUCUGGGCGGUGUUCACUUUGCGGAGAAGAGAGUUUUGGCACAGGCUCAGAUCAUCUCCGAGAGAAGGAUGGACUUUGGGCUGUAUUGUUAUGGCUGUCAAUUUUGGCAGCUCGAAAGCAAGGUGUAGAAGACAUUGUAAGAGAACACUGGACAAAGUUUGGGCGCCAUUAUUACUGCAGAUUUGAUUAUGAUGGUCUUGAGCCAAGAACAUCAUUUUUUAUCAUGAAGGAUGUGGAAACUACGAUAACAGAGAAGACCUUUGCUAAUCAGCAGUUUGCUGUGGGGAGCAAUGUAUACAGUGUAGAGAAAUCAGACAGCUUUGAAUAUGUGGACCCAGUGGAUGGAACAGUUGCAAAGAAACAGGGACUCAGAAUUAUAUUUGCAAAUGGAUCAAGGAUUAUAUUUCGACUCAGUGCCUCAGGCUAUGUGGGAACCACUCUGCGAAUUUAUGCUGAAAGCUAUGAAAAAGAUCCAAGCAAGCACAAUAGGGAGCCACAGGCUGUUCUGGGUCCUCUUAUAGCUAUUGCUUUGAAGCUUUCCCAGAUUCAUGAGAGGACUGGUCGGAAAGGACCUACUGUUAUCACUUGAACACAUCCUACAGAAAUCAUCUAGGGCCAAAGACAAGAGUAUGUGAAUGGGAGAGAUUAUUACGGUUUUGUUACAUAACCUACAUUAUUUUGCUGUAUAUGCCUAUUGCCUGAAGAAAUUAUAAUCAAGUUUCAUGUUCCACAUAGUUAUUAUAUGAAGGAAAUCCUGUACUUUUUAGUCAGAAAAUAUUGGACCUUAUAAAACGUAUAAGUGUUAUU